AUGGCUCCUCAAUUCGUUAAAGCAACUUUCCAGAUAGAAAACGGACCCUCUCACGAAGGUAUCUCGUUUGGUGCGCAGCAAUCGGCAGCCGGCGAAGCAGUGUUUACCACUUCGCUGGUCGGGUACCCAGAGUCGAUGACAGACCCCAGCUACAAGGGCCAGAUCCUGGUGUUCACCCAGCCGUUGAUCGGCAACUACGGUGUGCCCUCUGGCGAAAUCCGCGAUGAGUUCAACCUGCUCAAAUACUACGAAAGUCCAAGCGUUCACGUCGUGGGCAUCGUCGUGGCCGAAUACGCCUGGAAAUACUCGCACUGGACCGCCGUCCAGUCGCUGUCCGAGUGGUGUAUCAAGGAGGGCGUCGCUGCCAUCACAGGCGUCGACACCCGCAGCGUGGUCCAGUACUUGCGUGAACAGGGCUCGUCUCUGGGAAGAAUCGUCGUGGACGACGGCAAGCCUGCCCCAGCGUACGUCGACACCAUGAAGGAACGCCUGGUCGCCAAGGUCUCCACCAAGCAGCCAUACUACAUCAGCGGCGCCAACGGCGCCGCCACCGCCAACAUUGCAGUGAUCGACUGUGGUGUCAAGGAAAACAUUGUGCGCUGCUUGGCCGAGCGUGGUGCCAACGUCACAGUUUUCCCUCACGACUACCCAGUUCAGGACGUGGCGCAGCAGUUCGACGGUGUGUUCAUCUCGAACGGUCCCGGCGACCCUUCCUUGUGUACGCCAACCGUUGAGGUUUUGAAAGUCUUGCUUCAGGACCCCAAAUUCGAGCGUCUGCCCAUCUUUGGUAUCUGCAUGGGUCACCAGCUUCUAGCCAUUGCUGCCGGCGCCUCUGCCAUCAAAAUGAAGUACGGUAACAGAGCCCACAACAUUCCUGCGUUGGACUUGACCACUGGCCAAUGCCACAUCACAUCUCAGAACCACGGUUACGCCAUCGACGCUGACACUCUACCGGAAAAUGGUUUCAAGCCUUACUUCGUGAACUUGAACGACGGCUCCAACGAAGGUAUCAUUCACACUUCCAAGCCAAUUUUCUCCACGCAAUUCCACCCUGAGGCCAAGGGUGGUCCUAUGGACUCCGCCGUGUUGUUCGACAAGUUUUUCGACAACAUCGCCGCUUACCAGAAGGUCAAGAGCUCCAGCGCCAAGACCACAGUCGCAUUCGAGGUCCCAGUGCAGACCAUGGCCACCGAGAGAGUCUUGUAG